CUGGAGCGGUCUGGCCACUGCGAGUUGUGCGGGGCGGCGGCGCGGCUGCGGUGUUCCCGCUGCCGCCUCACGUAUUACUGUGAUGUAGGUCAUCAGAAAGCCGACUGGGUUAGUAUCCAUGAGAAAAUAUGCCAGCUGCUGAUUCCAGUCCGCACAUCCCUCCCUUCUCUCACUUCUGAAGAAGAAAGAAAACACGGAGUGGAACAGCUGGUGAAGAGGCAGAUUCUGCAUCCAAACGUCGGCCCUUCAAAGCCCAGAAUUGGCCAGCAGAGGGUGAGAGGAAGCUGCCAAGCCCCGGGGAUCAUGCGGAAAUACAUCAUCGAUCUUACAUCCAGCACAGCCCAGAAGUUUAUUUUCGAUGGAAAGCAUGAAAAAGCAUUACCUGCAGCUCUGCAUGCACUGCGUUUCAGCAGCAAAGUGUAUGGCCCGAGUUCUGUGCAACUGGUACCUGCCUAUCUCCUCUUGGCUGACGCCUGCAUUGGAAUUGGCAACUUUCAGCAGGCAUCUAACUAUCUCUCCCAAGCUCAGUGGAUUGUCCUCAGAACUCCAGAUUGCAGCGGUGCCUUCCAGCAUAGAUUGCAUCGCAGUCUGGGGCUUCUCUAUGCUGCUGAUGGAAACUUCGAUCAGGCUUUGUAUCACCUGGCCAAUGAUAUUUACCUCGCCAGUUCUACGUUUGGACUAAAAUCUGUUGAGGCCUCUGGGGGGUAUUUCCACAUGGCUAAUGUUUUUUCUCGCCAGAACAAAAUGGACAUAGCAAGCUCAUUGUAUGCUGAGGUCACUGACAUCUGGCACACCUUUCUUGUGAAGUCAGUGCAAACACAGGAGCAAAUUCACAAGUCGAGAGCAGAAAAGUCUCCGUUCACAGAGGACAAGGAAGUGGAAGUCGGUGAAGACACCAUGACUGAAGCCCAGCAAGCAGAAGCAAUUCAGGUCCUGAAUGCAGUACUAGAUAUCAGAGAAAAGGCACCAAAGCAACAACCUGGGGAAACUGCCAGAGUCUUGCAUGCUCUUGCAAUGCUUUAUUACCUAAUCAUGGAUUUAUCAAAGGCUUGUGAAAUAGGGAUGAAAGCCUUUGACCUGCUGAAACAACUACCCCAGCAAGAGCCUCUAGAAGCCAUCGGCUAUUUGUUAAAGCUGAUUGACUCCCAGGCUUCCUGCACAAAAUAAGGAGCUCUUUCUAUCAGAGCCAGGUGAUGGCUAGGUUAUUUAACUAGGUGGCUGAAAACAUUGAAAAUGCAUUGCAAGCUGUAAGUCCUUUUUGCUGUUGUCACUUCCCUAGAAGUGUCCCUUUCCAUCUGGAAGUGCCUGAAAGCUGAGUUUGUGCUGUGUUGUUACGUGCUUGUCAACCUCUGCAGGCUGUUACGGAGUCACAACGUGAGGAUGGAAAAAAAGGCACUACCAGUGCAUAAAUUGUUGCCUACUUGCUAAUGUAGAUGAGGGUAACAGCCUCUUAUCUCCUCACAUUGUCUGACGAAGUUAAGACCAGCUGAAAUGAGUUUGUUACUGUUUUCCUCAAUUUUCUUUUCACUUUGAUGAGUAAGAUAGGGUGGAAGGCUAUGGGAGAGGCCUGGGGAAUGUGUCCAGUACAUUCCUAACUUGGAUGGUUGACACCUGCUCCCCAGCACCUGGUUGGGCUUGUUCAGGUGCUGCACCUCUCUGUACUGCCCCUCCAUUUCCAAAUUCACACUCACCUUUUUGCAGACCUCCAUCAAGCUGACUGCCAACCUGCAGCCCUCACAGCUUCAAAUGCCCCUGGGAGCAGAGAAGGAAGAAAGGCAGGGCACAGGGCACGCAUGGCCCUGGGAGUGAAGACCAAGGAGGGCUAGAGGAGUCCCUGAGAGCGAGAUGGGUGCAGGGCUGCAGGCAGCUGUGCAGUGAACUUGGUUCCGACUCUGGAGCAUGUGACAGACUUGCACUGCUGGGAAAGAGGUUAAGGGAAACUUGUCCUGCUGCUAAGGUCUGGAUUCAGCUGAGCUUUAAGCCUACGAUUAAGUCUCAUUUACUUCAGGAGGAUUUAUGAAUGCAUUUAAUUGCCGUGCUGAAUUGGGUUGGAGUCAAGUACGCUUUUAAAUGCUUCGCCGAGCUGGGACCUGAGCAAUUAGAAGGGAUUGAUGCUGCUGCUAAAGGGAAAGUUGCUCACUCCAAUCCAACUGAUUUUUAAUUGCACAGGGUGGAAUAGCUGUGAUUGGUGCACACAAGGCCCCGGUGGCAGACCAGGGCAGCUCCCUGGGACUGUAGGAACACACACAGGGAACAGGGGUUGCUGGCAGCUGGGAUGCUCAGUGCCUGCUGGCACAGUGCCUCCGGGCGUGGAGGAUUUGGGUCACUGUGGCUGAGGAUUUGGAGCUGUGGCAGUAAUCCCCCAAGACAUGCCAUGGCCAGGCUGGCUCUGUAUGACACGUCUGGGACGGCGUCCCUUCCACAGCGCUGCCACACGGCACAGCGUCACUGCUGGCUGCUUAAAGCAGUAUGGAAAUUAAUUUUUCACAGGUCUGCAGGCUGGGCAUCUCUGGUAGCAGGGCCUGCACAGCAAUGAGAAGGGAAUGGAAGCACCAGUAAAGGUGAUCAGAGCAACCCAACAUCCCACCACACAGAAUAUUUUAGGGAAAGUUGGAAGAUUUUUACAGGAGCUUUUCCCUAUGACCCUGUGGAACAGCCAUCUCCACUGCAUACACUUCAGGGCAAAGAGCUAUUUCAACAAAUAGCAGAAAGCCAAAGCGAACAAGCUCAGCACUUCUUUGCCCAGCAGUGUUCAGACUUGCAGCCCUUGGCACCAGGUUAGCUAAAGGAGAAAUUCCCCCAGGAAGCAGCCAGGAGAUGGCAACGCCAGCCAGGAGCACAGUGUGGGCAUUUUGUAACAAGGAGCCUUGCAUCCCCAUGAGGAAAAGCUUUGGCAAGGAGCAGCACACGCUAGGGAGUCUACUGCUACUCCCAGAACAGGGAUGGGACACAAACACCCCGUGAACAGCACCUGAGCUGCACCCAGGGACGGCCUUGCUGAAGCUCUGACCCGCUGCACUCCCUCCACCAGCGCUCCUCCCAAAAAUGAAGGCACACAGCACAGCAGGUUGGGUCGCUGCAUACAUUCCUGUUUAUUGUUAGCACACCACACGCCUUUCUCCAUUCUCUUGGCACUUGUGUUUAUGCACAUUAGGAAAAAAAAAAAAAAAAAAAAAAAAAGUGUGUGCAGUUUCUGGGAUGCUGCACAGAUAUGUGAUGAGUUGUCAUGGUUUUUUUUUCUACCUUUAUUUUCAAUGUACUCACUUCCAAAACAGACAAAUAAAUUUAAAAAAAAAAAAAAACAAAAAAACAACAAAAAAAACACUAUUAAAUAACUGCACAUGGCUUUGGAAAUGUGCCAUAGCUCCUACAACAGUUGCACUCAGGGGAGAAGGGCUGCUUUUUGUGUUGUUUUCUUAAGUUUUGUUUUAAAAGGACAGUAUUUCUUGUUUUUAAUAUACUAAGGACUAAAAUUCAGUGCAAUAGAUACAACUACAGUGCAGGUAAUUAACUAUACAAAAGUCAUCCUAACCAUGUACAAGCUUUCCUUAGAGUUGCUAUAGAGACUAAACCUUUGCAUCUGUACCUUUUUGUAUACAUUAUACACUGUGAAUAUACUCCGAGAAUAUUUACAGUACAGUUCCUUGUCAAUCAGAAGCACUAUAACUUAACAUCUACUAUUAACACCAUCGAACAAAAAUAUAUAUAAUAUAAAUAUCUUCCAGUCUAUACACAGAGCAGGAAAUGUAUCCAUGUGGUGACUUUCGGUGACUCUGGGAUCCACGUGGUGACGAUGGGCAAGGUGUGCUGCAGCGUGGGACGGCCGCCCGCUCCCGGCUCCGCGGGGCUCCAGGGGACAGCGUGGUGCCAGGGAAGGCUGAGGCCACAGCUCUGCGCUGCUGCUGAACCCCUGCUCCUCUCCGCCAGCACUUCGUGCCACGGUUGACCAAUAAGGCAAAUAUUGCCAAGAACACACCAAGAGAUCCCCUCCCCUCCCAUCUCAGCCCACCCAAGCGCACAGCCAGCACGAGAACAGAUGAAAUCCAGGCGAGGAAGCGCACGCAGCCCUCUGCUCAGAAAGGUGAGGAGCCGUUCCAGGAGCCUGCACCAGGGGAGACAGUGCUCUGCCCCCUGCUCCAGUACUACCGACCUCCCCAGCCUGCUCCAGGGGAAGCGCUCGGCCCUGACAGAGGAGCAGGGCUGCGCCCACACCUCUCAUCCUCAGCGCUGCCCCAGGGCGCUCCCAGAGGGCAAGGAAUUCCCAUCCACAGACCAAUGGGGGGGUUGAAAUCUUAGGCUGCUUUAAAAAAUAACUUUAAAAAAAGAAUCUUGGUUUAGACUUAGUCAAAUUACACGAUUUCGCUACGAUUAGAAUGUUAAAAAAAAGUUUCCAGCUUUAAAAA